AUGCUGCCACAAUCUUCCUCCCUCUCGCGCCUCGUCUCCCGCGCCGCCAUCCGCACGCUGCGCACCGCCGCCGAAACCGUCCCGUCCACGUCCAUCAAGGUCCUCCGGCUCGUCGACGCCGUGCGCCAAUGGCGAAGGCCUCACGCGACCAACUUCCGCUCCGUCGGCCUCGUGCCCACCAUGGGCGCCCUGCACGAGGGCCACUUCUCGCUCAUCCGCGCCGCCGCCCGCGAGAACCACCACGUCGUCGUCAGCAUCUACGUCAACCCGGCCCAGUUCGGCAUCCGGGAGGAUCUCGCCUCGUACCCCGUCACCUGGGACUCUGACGUCGCCGCCCUGGCCCGCCUCGACCGCGAGUUCGCCGACGACGGCGCCAACCUGGGCCGCAUCUCGGCCGUCUUCGCGCCCUCCACCGCCGACAUCUACCCGUCCGGCUUCCCCGGCCAGGAGGUCGACAGCAAGGGCAGCUUCGUCACCAUCACCCCCGUCGGCGAGGUCCUCGAGGGCGCCAGCCGGCCGACCUUCUUCCGCGGCGUCGCCACCGUCUGCAUGAAGCUCUUCAACAUUGUCCAGCCCGACCGCGUCUACUUUGGCCAAAAGGACGUCCAGCAGACCGUCGUCAUCAAGCGCAUGGUCAAGGACUUUAUGCUGCCCACUGAGGUCGUCGUCUGCCCGACCACGCGCGAAGCCGAUGGCCUCGCCCUGAGCUCUCGGAAUGUCUACCUCGGCACACGCCGCCGCCGCGCCGCCGUCGUGCUGAGCAAGGCGUUGCGUGCCGCCCAGGAAGCCUACGACCAUGGCAAGCUGAGCCGCGGCGACGUCCUCGGCGCCGCAAACAAUGUCGCCAGCUCCGUGCUGCUGGCUCAGAGGGAGCUCCCGCCCAGCCAGCGGGUUACGUACGAGGUCGACUACAUCUCCCUGGCCGACCCUGACACGCUGCAAGAAGUUGAUAGCGUGGACCCGGCCAAGGGAGCCGUCCUCAGCGGCGCCAUCAAGAUGCUGCCUGUGGAGGAGCCGCAGAAUGGAGAGGAUCUGGGACACUCUGGAGGCCCGGCGGUAAGACUGAUUGACAACAUCAUCUUGCCACCCAGGGCUCAAUGA